AUGAUUAAAACUAUAUUACUGCUAAAUUUUUUCGCGGUGGUGUGCAUUGCGGAAAGUCCCGAGCUACCACCUGCAAGAUGUGGGAUAAUUCCGAAAAAUGUAUACUCGUGCAUGGGAAAUCCGAGGGUUGUGAAACCUAGUGCGUCGGACAAGUGUGUUGGUGCUGAUACUCAGUGCGACCGAAUGACUUGUCUAUUCAGAGAGUCCGGUUUUAUGAUCGGGGACAAAGUAAACACUAAGAAGUUGACAGAGCAUUUUGACGAGUUCAAGAAGGAAUUUCCUGAGUGGACCGCCGCGGUGGACCAAUUGAAGACAUCGUGUAUCACCAACGAUCUACCCCCGCAAGGAAUUUACAUUAACUGUCCAGCUUACGACGUGAUGAUGUGUGCUUUGACCAGCUUCAUCAGGAACGUGCAACCCUCGCAGUGGUCCACAGCUCAGGACUGUGCCCACGCGCGUCAGUAUGCAGCUUAUUGCCCAGUGUGCCCCAACGAUUGCUUUGCCCGUCUCAUUCCUACUGGCUCUUGCAACUCUUGCCAACUGCUGCCACGAUCGCCAUGA